AUGGCAACUGAUAUUCUUUUCCAAUCACCAACAGUGAUUACCGGCGACGAAUCCGCCGAGCCGUUUGUGGCCGAUGUGUUGGUUUCAGGCGGCCUAAUUGCCAAGAUCGGGGCUUCGGGUUCAAUUGAUGUUUCCUCAACAACUCGACAAAUCGACGCAAAGGGUCACAUCCUGUCUCCCGGGUUUAUCGAUAUGCAUGCCCAUUCCGAUCUCUACCUUCUCACACAUCCGGAGCACGAAGCAAAAAUCACCCAAGGCUGCACGACCGAAGUUGUUGGCCAGGACGGCAUCUCAUACUCCCCAAUCCGAAAUGUCAAUCAGCUUCAGGCGAUUCGAGAACAAAUUGCAGGCUGGAACGGUAAUCCCACAGACGAAGAAUGUCGCACGACACUCAGCGGAGUUGGCAUGUUUGAAUGGAAGACUGUGGGAGAGUAUCUGGAUUGUUUAGAGCGUAAUAAGACGGCUACGAAUGUCGCCACGUUGGUGCCUCAAGGCAAUUUGAGAUUGCUCGCAUGUGGCCCAUAUGAUACGCCUGCAUCACCCGAGGAAAUUCAAGAUCAGAUCCAACUCAUGCGAGAGGCAAUGGACCAGGGCGCCGUCGGCAUGUCCAGUGGCCUCACUUACACGCCUGGCAUGUACGCUUCAACGUCAGAGUUGGCAUCUCUCUGCGAGGCACUGGCAAAGGAAUUUCCGGGUGCAUUUUAUGCGCCUCAUCACCGCAGUUAUGGGUUCCAGGCGAUCGAAAGCUAUGCUGAAAUGCUAGGACUGGGCGAGUCGACAGGCUGCCCUAUUCAUCUCACGCAUGCCACCAUGAACUUUUCUGAAAACAAGGGCAAAGCGCCAAUACUCAUAUCCAUGAUUGACAAGUCACUCGAAAAGGGUAUCGAUGUGACACUCGAUACUUACCCCUACCUCCCAGGCUGCACAACUCUAGCUGCCUUGCUACCCAGCUGGGCCUCUGCAGGCGGACCAGCCGAAACCCUCAAGAGGCUGGAAGACGCAGAGACCAGAGAAAAGAUUCGUGUGGCUGUCGAAGUGACUGGGUGUGACGGCGGCCACGGAAUUCCGACAAACUGGGACGAGAUUCAAGUUGGUGCUACGGGCGAGCCAUCUCUAGCAUCAUAUUCCGGCCGCAGAGUGGCGGAGAUUGCCAAAUCAGCGGGAAAGCCAUCCAUCGAGGUGUUUUUUGAGCUCUUGCAAAAAGACAAGCUGGCAACUAGCAUCAUUAUGCAUGUAGGCAACGAAGAGAACGUCCAGCUGAUUAUGCAGCAUCGGGUGCACAUGGCGGGCAGUGAUGCGAUUUUACACGGCAAGACGCUUCACCCGCGUGCUUAUGGAACAUUCCCUCGUUAUCUCGGCCACUAUUCGCGCGAUCUGUCGCUUAUUCCUCUACCUGCCAUGAUUGCGCAUCUCACCUCUCGCCCAGCCAAGCGUCUCUCAGUCUAUCCGUUCCGUGGUCUUGUCGCCGAAGGGUCGGCUGCUGACCUUGUUCUUUUCGAUCCGGAGGCCGUCAAAGAUAUGGCAACGUAUGAGGAGCCCAAGCUGCCGAGCAAAGGUAUCAGAUUCGUCUUGGUGAAUGGUCAGGUGGCUCUGGACGAGGGCAAGAUGACGGGCGCACGAGGUGGUAAGACGCUGAGGAGAUGGAAGGAUGGAAAGGUGAAAGCCAGGGACGAGUGA